AUGGUGGAACAAAUACACAAAACAUCUGGGUUCAAGUUUCAUGGACAGACCAGCAUGGAGAUUCCCAUAUAUGAACGUAUAUAUGAGGAUUUCGGUGCUAUUCCAGUCUCUGAUAUCGAUAUUGCCAAAGCCAGACCUGAGGCUGCAAGAUGGCGGCAGCCCUCGAACCUCUCAUCAGGAUGCGGCAAGGAGGACUUUCAAGUGGAGGAAGACUUUGCUGCCGAGACACUCGCUCCUGAUACCUUUCUCCAUCUCUCAACUAUGACUUCCUUGGAUAAGAAACCGCGCAGAUCCACAAUGUGUGAAGACGACACUUUGAGGAAGCUUUUCGAAGCCGAACUCCGUCAAGCACGACGCGUCGAUCGCAUGGAGAUGUCGGAUAUUGACUUCGAUCUCACUAGACAAAGGCCAAUCGGUGGUUUAAUGAAAAGAAAUUGCGUCAAGGGCAAUGUAACACCAACUGGAAUUGAAGUCAGCGACGGGAUGCUUGGUAGCAUGUUCCAGCAUCAUAUACGUAGCAGCUACUGUCCUCGUGACGUCUACGGCAAUGAAAAUACCAGGUGCUGGGAUCCCAUCCUCCACGACUGGGUCGAGCUUCCAGAUUGCAGAGCGGCCCUCUUGAUCCCGAGGGAGUAUUACUUGGGAAGGAAAAAACUGCCUUCGGCCAGCGCUGUGUCAAGGACGCUCCACAAUCGCAAGCUCAUCUUCCUUAUCUCUCAUCGCCCAAAAGCUGGAUACAUGUGGUGGACCUUCUUUUCCUCUGCAACAGUCGCGUCCUGGCGAUUAGACCUUUGCCAGGACGCCGUUGACCGAUAUUGGCCGAAUCGCGGAAUCCUUACGGCGGAUGGUAUUUUCACAUCGUUUGCCGGCAGCGAUUUGGCGGAAAGGACUUCAAUCUAUGACAGCCUAGCUGGAUUCUCUGAUGCGGAGUUGGUGCCCAAUCACGCGGCGCUGGCCAUUCUUGCUGCUCGGACUAUAAGCACUGAGUUGGAGGUGUUAUGGGAAGCUGUCUAUAAAAUUUCGGACGAGGGCUAG